AUGAAUCUUAAAAUGUCCUCCCACAGCCCUUUCUCGGUGGAGAAGCGCCCGGACGGCUACGAAAAGUACGAGUUUACCCUGCCGGAGCUGUAUCGCAACCUGGCGAAGAAGGAACUCCGCGAGGAUGACGAUAUUCGGGAGCAAUCGUUGGAUCAGAUGCGCGAAUGGAUCGCCAAACAUCCGUACAUACGCAAGUGUCGCACGGAUGCGUCCUUUCUGUUGCGAUUCCUGCGCUUCCGGAAGUACUCGGUUCCGGCGGCAUGCGAAGCGCUCGAGCGAUACCUGGCCAUGCGGGCCACCUUUCCACAGUGGUUCAUGAACCUGGACUACCAGGAACCGGCCAUGCGAGAGAUGCUCAAGGACGGAGUGUUUGCGCGGCUGGGUGAAGACAAGAGUGGACGCACGGUGCUCUUUUUUCGAUUCGCGCGGUUCAACGUGGAAAAGUUUACGGCCCUGCAGGAGGGACGAUUUGCGGCCCUGCUGAUCGAAGCGCUACUAGAGUGGGAGGAAGCGCAGAUCGGUGGCUUCCGGGUGGUGUGUGACUAUCGUGGGUCGGUGUUGAAGCACUACGGCAUUUGGGGUGUUUCGGACAUGAAGAUCUUUAUGGACGCCAUCAACCGCUCGUACCCGAUCCGGUUGCGUGAGGUACACGGAAUCAAGUUCCCGAAAUUUGCGGUUCCCAUCAUCAACGUGCUGGUGUCGUUCGCGAGCCCCAAGCUGAGGGAACGCAUCAUCUGUCAUGACAGUGUUGAGAGCGUGGCGAAGCACGUUGAAGCAUCGCGGCUGCCGAAAGAGCUCGGCGGUGAAGCCGAUCUGCAGCAGUUGGAAGCAGCGUUUCUGAAGCACUUGGAGGCGAGACGCGAUGUUCUGCUGGCGCUUGACGAAAUGGACAUCGAUACGGCGCACUACUCUUCCCUGUGGGCCAAAGGAAUCGACCACGAGAACGAAGUUGAUAGCGGAGUGGCUGGAAGCUUCCGGAAGCUGGCUGUAGAUUAA